ACAACAAUGGUGUUUGGAGAUUCACAAAAGCGGAAAUUCAGUGCAACUAAAAGAAAAUAAAAGAAAAGAAAAAAAGGAUGACCAAAUCAAGAUCAAGAACAACAACAACAACAACAUCAUCGUUUGAUCCGAAGAAAAAGAAGAACCACUUUUGGUUUUACGUCAUUUCUCUUGCCAUAUUCAUUCCAUCAACAACCUCUACAUCACCAACUUUAAUCAACUUCGGCGACUCAAACUCCGAUACAGGUGGCGUUCUUGCCGGGGCCGGACUCCCCAUCGGCCUCCCCCACGGCAUUACCUUCUUCCACCGUGGUACCGGGCGGCUUGGUGAUGGCCGCUUGAUAAUAGACUUCUUCUGUGAAGAGUUGAAAUUGAGCUAUUUGAGUCCAUAUUUGGAGGCUUUAGCUCCAAAUUUUACAAGUGGAGUGAACUUUGCCGUGAGUGGAGCAACUACACUUCCACAGUUUGUUCCUUUUGCUCUUGAUGUUCAAGUUCGUCAAUUCAUUCACUUUAAGAACCGUUCUCUUGAGCUUCAAUCAUUUGGUAAAAUAGAGAAAAUGAUGGAUGAAGAAGGUUUUAAGAAAGGAAUAUAUAUGAUUGAUAUUGGACAAAAUGAUGUAUUAGUGGCUCUUUACCAAUCAAAUUUAACCUACAAAUCAGUUGCCCAAAAAAUUCCUUCUUUUCUUGCACAGAUCAAGUUGGCUAUUCAGAAUUUAUAUGCAAAUGGUGGGAGAAAAUUUUGGAUACACAACACAGGACCAUUAGGUUGUUCUCCAAAGGAGUUGGCACUGCAUCCCCACACCCACAAGGAUGUUGACAAAAUUGGCUGCCUUAGGGUUCACAAUCAAGUUGCUAAAUUCUUCAAUAAAGGCCUCAAAAAUGUUUGCAAAGAGUUAAGAUCUCAGCUUAACGACGCCAUCGUUGUCUACGUUGACAUAUAUACCAUCAAAUAUAAUCUCUUCGCCCAUCCCAAAACAUAUGGGUUGGAGAAUGAUCCAUUGAUGGCAUGUUGUGGAUAUGGAGGGGCACCAAACAAUUACAACGUAAAAGCAACAUGUGGGCAACCAGGUUAUUCUAUUUGUUCAAAUCCUUCAAAAUCAAUAAUAUGGGAUGGUGUUCAUUACACCGAUGCUGCUAAUCAUCUUGUGGCUUCUUCCAUCUUUUCUUCCCAUUUCUCUACUCCUAAACUAUCUCUUCACCAACUUUCCUCUCUUUAACAGUUAACUUUCUUUUCAAUUUAAUUAAACUUCCAACC